AUGGCUGUCGGGAAGAACAAACGCCUAACAAAGGGCAAAAAGGGCGGCAAGAAGAAAGUUGUGGACCCGUUCACGCGUAAGGACUGGUACGAUGUGAAGGCCCCGGCUAUCUUCUCGGAGCGCAACUGCGGCAAGACUCUGGUGAACCGCACAGCAGGUACCAAGAUCGCGUCGGAGGGUCUUCGUGGUCGUGUGUUCGAGGUCUGCCUCGCUGACCUAAACAAGGACGAGGACCAGGCAUUUCGCAAGAUUCGUCUCUGUGCUGAAGAGAUCCAGGGCAACCAGAUUGUGACUGGUUUCCACGGCAUGGACUUCACCCGCGACAAGCUGUGCUCGCUGAUCCGCAAGUGGCAGACGCUUAUUGAGGCCUUCGUGGACGUCAAGACUACGGACGGCUACCUGGUUCGUCUGUUCUGCAUUGCUUUCACAAAGAAGCGUCCAAACCAGAUCAAGAAGACGACGUACGCGAAGACGGCUCAGAUCCGUGCCAUUCGUAAGAAGAUGACGUCGAUCAUGACGGAAGAGGCGUCCAAGUGCGACAUCAAGGACCUGUUUUUGAAGUUCGUCCCGGAGAUCAUUGGCAAGGAGAUUGAGAAGGCGACGCAAGGCAUUUACCCGCUCCAGAACGUGUACAUCCGCAAGUGCAAGAUCCUCAAGAAACCCAAGUUUGACCUGGUGCGUCUGAUGGAGCUGCACGAAGGCGGUGCUGAAGAGAAGGGCGCGAAGGUCGCUCGCGAGGAGGACCAGCUCGUGGAGUCGAUGGCGGGUGCUGGUGGCCGUCUGUAA